AGGGCGCAGUUUGUUACUUGGCGCGUUGCAAAGUGUCACGUCGUGACGUAAAGUGGCUCAGCAGCCAGUAUUACAAACAACAAAGGAAUAUGAUGAAAAUGUGAAGUUGCGAAGUUAUGUUUGCUAGGCUUGAUUUUUGCUGCUUUCACGCUUGCUGCAUUUGUGGAUUGAAAUGUUAUCACUGCUGCAAAAUCGGCAAUGAAUGAAAUCAUCCUUGAUAAAUAGCCAAGGGACUAACAGCUACCUAACUGAUCAAAAUGAUUCGUAUAGCAGCACUGAAUGCUUCUCUGUCGGCGGCAGAUGAGUCUCAAGACCCUUUGAAAAGUUCAAAGAGUCAGACCAAAGAAGCUCAGGAAGCUGAAGCCUUUGCCUUAUAUCAUAAGGCUUUAGAUCUGCAAAAACAUGACAAGUUUGAGGAGUCAGCUAAAGCUUAUCAUGAGCUUCUUAAAACUCCAUUGCUUAAAGAGGCAAUACCUGCAGAGGAUCAAAGAGUGGCUCUCAAACAUCCUGGUCUUAUGCUGAAGUAUUCAACUUUCAAAAACUUGGCAAGUAUGGCCGCCUUGAAGGAUGAUCUUGAGACAGCCAUGGACUUCUAUUUGGAGGCAGUGAUGCUGGACUCCACUGAUGUGAACAUGUGGUAUAAGAUUGGGCUGGUGGCUGUGCGCCUUGUUCGUAUUCCUUUGGCCCGCCAUGCUUUUGAAGAGGGAUUACACUGUAACCCAGACCAUUGGCCCUGUCUGGAUAAUCUUAUUACAAUAUUAUACACACUCUGUGAUUACACAUGUUGUUUGUACUUUAUUGCCAAAGCACUUGAGAAAGAUCACUGUUACACUAAAGCUCUAGUGCUGAAGGAGAAGAUCUUUGAGGAACAGCCCAGUCUGAGAAGAGAUACCACUCAGAUGUUCAAGAAAUGUGACAUGUCUAUUCACUAUGUUGAAGUGGAGAUUGAGGAGCGUAAAUCUAUUCUAGAAGAAGCCUUGGAGUUACGGAGACGAAGGCGGGUUCUCUCAUACCAUGAACCAACAGCAGAUCUUUUCCUGAUUCAACCUAUUCGCUGUCUCUCCUGGAAGCAUGUGGGUGAAAACCUUUUAGCAAUGUACAGACAUCAGACGACGUGUGAACCACCUAGACCCAGUCUAGGAAGAAGAAUUGACUUGUCUGAGUACCGUGAUCCCAACUUUCUUGAAAAUCUGCCUCAGCCUAAAAGUCCAGUGAGCACCAGCCAAACCACUGCUCUCAGUAGUAGCCCAAGCUCUUCUCUGCCACCCCUUACCUUUUCUGAACCAGUAAUGAUGCCACAAACGAGCUCUCAACCUCCCAUCAUUUCCACUCUCACCACUGUUGAGGUGGCCUCCACUGCAGCACCAUCUGUUGCCUCAAUAAUGGAAGUAAAGAAGCCACAAAAAAGAAAGCGCACAACUGACGAAAAUGUAGACACAGCAAAGAGGCGCUCGGCCCGUGUCCGAAACACUAAAUGCAAAAAGGAAGAGAAAAUAGAUUUCCAGGAACUACUUUUCAAAUAUCUACCAUCCAGACUGAAGAAGUUUGACCCAGACGAUGAUGAGAGUUUGAGUAAUCUUGAUGCACAGUGCAAUGGAAAGGAAGAUCUACAGCAAAUCCAGAGUGGGUGCGUGCAGGUGGACACUAUCGAAUACAUGGAAUCUGAAAAACAGGAUGUUCAUAACUUCCUGCUGAACAGCAUGACCAAUGGAGGUAUUCUUGAUCUGUUAAUGCGUUAUCUCAAAGCUGUUGGUCAGAGGUUCUUGGAGAACUGGCCUCGUGGUUUGACUACAGUGGUACUGGAGGUGUACCAGACCUGGAGGAAGCACAGCACGGGUCUCCCCAACCCCCUGCUCCGGGACUGCAGUAACCAACACAUCAGGGAAAUGUUAACUAUCUGCUUGGCAUGUAUGGAGCUUCAGCUGGAGCACUGGUUACAUAGUAAGGGGAAAAAUGUUUCACCAAGAAGAAGCGGUAUUGGUGGUAGCGGUGAAGCUGCUGACUCUGAUUCCCCUGGACAGCAAUAUCAGGGGGAUUUGUUCAUCCUGGCUCUAGGUUCAUCCCAAAAGGACCUCUUUGAAGAUGACUGGAUUCAUAUUAUGGUGCGUGUCUACUGGCUCAAGGCACGUUACUUGGCCCUGCAGGGAGACAUGGAGUUGGCUUCGGAGAGUUACGAGGAGUGCCUUAGCUGGCUGCAGUCUAAACCAAAGACUUCAGAAGGAAAAUAUGACACUAUCACCCUGCCAAAUCUACGUGUGGAUGCAACAAUCUCUGUGGAGGAGAUUGACAAGAGGCUGAAGUCCUUGGAGCGCUGUCAGUCUCUCGAGGAGAUCCAGCGUCUCUUUGAAUCUGCAGAGUAUGCAUCUGUCGUGCUCUUGUUGCAGCCCACACUUAAUUAUGGCAACAGAAGCAAGCCCCUAGAGUUUGUGAGCUCUGCACCAGAACGACCUGCUCAGCUAAUGCUUUUACAGAACUCAUUAUUGCGGAUGAAGGACUACCAGCAGUGUUUGGAGUACAGUGAGCUCUCCCUUAAUGAGUCCCUACAACAGCUAGCAUCUGCAUCACCCACGUCUAAUCCCAGUAAAGAAGAGUGGGUCAACACAAUUGGGAAGCUGCUGGAUGGCAUAGAGCUCUGUUUCAACAAAGACACAGAGCUUCUUAAAAAUGUCCCCCGCUUCUCAAGUAUGGCUCGACUGGCUAACAAUCUCAUUCAGCUGAUUGAUCUCAGCAUGGCCAUUUCUGAUGACCCCAAGGAGCCAUUUUUCUUCUCAGUCCUGCCGUGGAUAAUCUUGUAUCGCAUUAUCAAACACGAAGAAGCUGCUUUUGAUUGCAUGCUUAGACAGCACAUGUCUAUGGGGGAUGAAGAAGUCAGGUCUCUUACAGAUGACUCAGACACUCCCAUGCUGCCCUCCUCCUUGAUGCUUCUCAAUACCGCCCAUGAGUAUCUUGGCCGCCGCUCAAUGUGUUGCAAUUCUAAUGGUGCACUCCUCAAAUUUUUUGUUGGUGUUUUGGAAAAAGAAUUUGCUGCUUGCCAAAGUGAAGCACAUCCCUACAGAGAAGAAUUGGAGGUUGCUUUAGAACAAUGCUUUUUCUGCCUGUAUGCCUACCCCAGUAAAAAGAGCAAAGCACGCUACCUUGAGGACCACUCUAGUCCACAGGUUGAGUUAAUGUGGUGUGAUGCCCUGUCCAUGUUCCAGUAUUUUAAACCAAAGUCAUUGCCUGAGUUUGACAGUUAUAAGGCAAGUACAGUGUCUGCAGACCUAGCCAAUCUUCUCAGGAGGUUUUCUGGUAUUGCCCCUAUCAGUGACACGCUAACACUGAAUAUGGAGGAGGUAGCAGCGUACAUUGAAGGCAAUAAUGAGAAGAUCCCUGGUUUCCCAGAGGGUACUCCUCCAGCACCUCCAAUCAUCAAUGAAAUGUAUUACCUGCUUGCAGAUUAUCAUUUCAAAAACAAGGAGCAGUCUAAAGCCAUCAAGUUCUACAUGCAUGACAUCUGCGUUUGCCCAAACAGGUUUGAUUCUUGGGCGGGUAUGGCUUUAGCUAGGGCCAGCCGUAUUCAGGAAAAACUCAACUCCAAUGAAUUGAAAAGUGAUGUGCCCAUAUGGAAGCACUCACAGGCGGUACUUAACUGCUUUAAGAGAGCCCUUGAGAUCGACAGCUCCAACCUGUCUCUGUGGAUUGAGUAUGGGACCAUCUCGUACGCUCUCCACUCCUUUGCCUCUCGACAGCUCAAACAGUGGCGCAAUGAGCUUCCCUCGGAAGUUGUCAAACAGAUGGAGGAGCGGAGAGACUCCAUGUUGGAGACUGCGCUGCAGUGUUUCCAGGGGGCUUCCCGUUGUGAGGGUGACAGUGAUGAGGAAGAGUGGCUUAUUCACUACAUGCUUGGAAAGAUCGCAGAAAAACGCAAGCAGCCUCCAGUGGACUAUUUGCAGCUUUAUAAAAAGUCUGCAAACUAUUUACAUGAAGAAGCUGCCAGAUACCCACGGAAAAUCCACUACCACAAUCCUCCUGACUUGGCUAUGGAGGCCCUAGAGCUACAUUUCCGACUCAGUGCAACAAUCCUAAAACUUCUGGAGAGUGGUGGCUCUGAUCUGGAUCAUGAGCUCUUAUUCAGUUUGUUAGUGGAGGCCGCUACGGGACCAUUUGCAAAGGGAGAAGAGAAGAGUGUGCCCAGUGUGCCGAGAUCUAAUGAAAAGGAGAAGACUGCCUCCAUCGCAGAUGAGGAUUUCACUAACUCCUCGGUUUGCAUAGGAAAUGUGCUAAGCUCGUCUCUCCCAUCGGCAGCCACCCCAGGUCUGACAUCCCCUCCUUAUGUGGCCACGCCGUCUGACCACGAUUACGCCAAACGCAAAACACUCCGACGGCAGCAGUGGCAGCAACAGCGGCAUGAGGAGCAGCAGGCCGAUGAACGCAGUCAGGACAGUGAGUUGGUGCUGCUGUCUGACUCAAACUCCACCCAGGAUGCAUUCACGGACCCCACCAGCUCUCAGGACAGCAGUCACAGACCUGCCCCCGGGAAAGCCAGCUCCACCUCUUCUGAGAGCACUACACCAGUGAAGGAAGGGCAGCCAACAUCGGACGAAACAACUUUGAACAGUGACAAUGCCUGUGUCCUUGUGGAAGAGAAGAUGAUCCAGGAAGUGGAGGUGGUGGAGGUGGUGACUCUUCCUGACACCUCAGCCCCCAAGGUUCCUGUGGACGUUUGCCCUCUUCCUGCUCUGCCCAUUCCAGCCACCCCUCCGAAGCCACCUCCCUCCCAACAGGCCGCCCCUCAGACCCCUGUGAGUGAGAGCAAGAAGAAGCCCGAGCCCCCUCCCGAAGUGAUGGAGGUACCCAAGGCUCUGCCCACUGAACCAGCUGAGCAGAAGAAAAUGCUGGUGGAGAUGUGCGUCAGGGCUCUGUUCCUAUGCCUUGGCCGAUUCCCUCAACAUUACAAAAGUUUAUAUCGCUUGGCAUUUUUCUACAGUAACAGCAAGACACACCAGAACCUACAGUGGGCCCGAGAUGUGUUGCUAGGAAGCAGUGUCCCAUGGCAACAGCUGAAGCACAUGCCUGCACAAGGACUUUUCUGUGAACGAAACAAGACUAACCUGUUUAAUGGCAUCUGGCGUAUUCCAGUCGAUGAGAUAGACCGUCCUGGAAGUUUUGCAUCUCAUAUGAACCGAUCCAUUGUCCUCUUGCUGGAAGUGCUGUAUCAGCUAAAAGAUCACGACACUCUGCUCAAAGUCUCCUUCAUGUUGCAGAGGACCCCUGAUCAGGGAAAGAAGUUUUUACGGGAUGUUGAUCGCCAGGUCUUGGCCAAGAGAGCGUUUUUCCUAACGGUUAAAGUGUUGGAGGACAAUCUGAACAGUCUCUCAGGGGUUUCAGAGCAGCUUCCCAAAGCGGCUGCCCCCUCCAUGGGGGAGAUGACCACGACUGAGUCAUCCAACAAGGCCAGUUCAGAGGACAGUAAACAUGGCCUGCCCAAGAAGGCCGGACUUACAGAAGGGGUAUGCACCCCAGCCCCUGACGGUGGGCCUCGGGAAGCAUCUCAGGCCUCUGAUACAAGGAGUAAGACUGAUGGCGACCCAGGAAAGGUGGAAGGUGUUGGAAAUGAGAUUCAGAGACGUGCCCCUGAGGAGCCCAUGGAUCUGGAUUCUGGUCUCUGGAGAAGGACUUCCACUGCCACAGACUCUCAGGGCAAUAAGACUGAAGCAGACAUUAGUCUGAGCACAGCAACACCUCAGCAGAAAGGCAAUGACAACCGUGCUCCAGAGUUGUCUCUAGAGGAGCUCAGCAUCAGCUCCAGACAACAGCAGGUCCAGGCCUCUGCUCUCAAAGCCACAACUGCCCCAGACCAGAUGGGCUCACACAGGCCCAACCGCAAGAGGAAACUCAUAGAGGACGUGGAGUCUGGAAAAACCCUUCUACUCAAUGCUUACAGAGUGUGGCAGCAAGGCCAGAAGGUCAUGACCUAUGACCUGGGAAGCAUAGAAAAGAUCAUGUCUGAAACAUACAUGCUUAUGAAACAGGUUGAUGAGGAUGUAGCUUUGGACCAAGCUGUGAAGUUUUGCCAGAUACAAAUGGCAACUUCUACCCAAAGACAGCAGUCUUCUGCCGAUGCUCCAUCCACUCCAAAGUUCACCAAGGAGCAUCGUGACAUCUUCUUCCCUGCGUCACUGCCUACGCCUGUCCUGCUCAGCCACAGCACUUGCCACCCCCUGUCCACUCCGGAUCCAGCCAAAGUGGUCUAUGAGCCCCUGAACAAGCUUCCCAGGACUCCCGCUCCGGGCUUCCACGAGCAGCACAGGAGAGCUGGAGGACACCCCACAGCAGCUAUGGCUUUCCUCCCACGCACAGCAGAGGAGAGGGAGGAUCACUCCGAGGGUCUGGCAUACCGGCAGCAGGAGUCCCACCUGUGUCAGCAGAUGAAACUGGCCUCUGUGUCUCCAGGACAGGACUCUGCAGCAUCCACAGCAGCAUCCACAGCAGCAUCCACAGCAGCAUCCACAGCAGCACCCACAGCAGCACCCACAGCACCACCCACAACAGCACCCACACCAGUACCCACACCACUACCCACAACAGCACGCACAACAGCACGCACAACAGCACGUACAACAGCACUCACAACAGCACUCACAACAGCAGCCUGGUUCAGUGAGGAAAUACCCACAUGUAGCACCGCACAAGUUUGUACAGACCAGCAGCAGUAUGCCAGCAGUGACCUGUCAAAGCUUCCAGACCCAAGCCGAAUUCGCUCCCGUGUCCCCCCAAACAUGCCAAAGCUCUUCAUCCCCUCCACAGUCGCAAAGUUCCCCCCAGAGAUCACAGUCACACCCCCCACACCCACCCUGCUCUCCCCCAAAGGCAGCAUCUCAGAGGAAACCAAACUCAAACUAAAGAAUGUGAUUUUAGCCUCUCAGUCGGCCGCCACAGUGAAGAAGGACACACUGACCCAGCCGGCGCUCGAGGUGCAGGAGACUUCCAGUCAGGAGUCAUCCCUGGAGAGUGAGUCGGACGAGGAGGACGACUACAUGGACAUCUGAGCCCCACCGUAACACACAUUAUUCCCAAUGCUUUACCUGAAUCACAACAACCUACUUGUAACACCCUUUCUGAUGAUGCAGUCCUCAUAAAUGGUGAAUGUGACAUGGUUUUGCCAAAAGUCCUCAAAUAAUUUUCACAUUACGCAGAAAAAAAUUGUAUUACUAUAUUCAAGUUAGGAAUGAGUUCGCCUCUGUUCCCAAAUGGCCAUGGCAAAUCAUAGGCCAACAAGCGCGCAGUAAUUUACACACUUGAUGAGGCAUAUGUUUUAGACAAGCCCUUCUUAUGUCCAAUCUUGGGACUGAUUCAUUUCUUGCAAUCACAAUGUCACGCCAUCCUCCAAAUAUCCUCCGAUUGAUUUGGCCUACAAUUAAAUCAUGAAACAUGGCUCUCUUUUCAUGUGUACUUGGGACUUGCACAAGGACUAUCCAGACUAGAGUCUCCUGUGUUUGGAUGUCAUUCUGGUGCCUCUAUGGAAUCAAUUUUGAUGGAGCGUGGACUUGCCUACUCUCCUCUUAGACUCUUUCCUUUCAGCAUGAUAAAUUUGUCUCUCAGUAUUUUUCAUGAUGACGUAAGAACUGAAUUUGGAGUGUAUCUGUGAAGCGCUCAGACCACUCCUCGACCUGUAGCAAAUUGGAAAUGUUUACAUUUAACAUUUGUUCUUCAGUCCGCACUUGAGCUUUUGCUGUUUUUGUACUCCACUUGUAAUAUUUGUCUAAUAUAUUUUUGUGCAUUUGUAGCUGCAAGAGUUUUUCCAGGAAUGAGUCCUGCCACCAGCACUGAUCUGACUGAUAUGGUUGAUACAGUAAAUUAGCUUUGUACAUAUCAUUAUCUAAAUGUUUUUCCACUCUGUUUGGCUAAUGGUGUGAGUAUAGGGCAGUGUGCAUGUGUAAGAGGGCAAAGGUCAUUCAAUUCCUUUCUUCUGAUGCAGCAUUUCCUGGGUUCAUAGGAAUUGACUGAAAUUGCAUGCUCCUCUCUAUUGAAUCUGUCUCAAUCAAGCCUAACUCAGCGAAGACAACCGAAUGUUUUUACAGAUUGUUUUGUAUAAACGGAAAGAUAUAUACUCAUAAUGUUUCUGGGAGGCUAUCUAAAUAAUUUUAUAGAAAAGGGCACAGAUUAACAAUUGUAAAGUAUGAUCCUUAAUAUGUCAUUAUUUUUCUUGUUGUACUACAGUUUUCUAUUGUUGCUGAGUUUCUGGGAUGUACACGGUGACAAUGUAACCGGGUCAGUCUCCGCCCCCACUCAGCUGGAGGGGAAUUGUUCUGUCUCGAUUGAAUGCAUUAUAGAUGUCAAACCAAAAAUAUAUUUGAGAAACACUG